AUGUCUCCAUCAGAAGACUGCUAUAUCCUUACAGCAAUGUCUCCAUCAGAAGACUGCUAUAUCCUUACAGCAAUGUCUCCAUCAGAAGACUGCUAUAUCCUUACAGCAAUGUCUCCAUCAGAAGCCUGCUAUAUCCUUACAGAAUUGUCUCCAUCAGAAGACUGCUAUAUCCUUACAGCAUUGUCACCAUCAGAAGACUGCUAUAUCCUUACAGCAAUGUCUCCAUCAGAAGACUGCUAUAUCCUUACAGCAUUGUCUCCAUCAGAAGACUGCUAUAUCCUUACAGCAAUGUCUCCAUCAGAAGCCUGCUAUAUCCUUACAGCAUUGUCUCCAUCAGAAGACUGCUAUAUCCUUACAGCAUUGUCUCCAUCAGAAGACUGCUAUAUCCUUACAGCAAUGUCUCCAUCAGAAGCCUGCUAUAUCCCUACAGCAAUGUCUCCAUCAGAAGACUGCUAUAUCCUUACAGCAAUGUCUCCAUCAGAAGCCUGCUAUAUCCUUACAGCAAUGUCUCCAUCAGAAGCCUGCUAUAUCCUUACAGCAAUGUCUCCAUCAGAAGCCUGCUAUAUCCUUACAGCAAUGUCUCCAUCAGAAGCCUGCUAUAUCCUUACAGCAAUGUCUCCAUCAGAAGACUGCUAUAUCCUUACAGCAAUGUCUCCAUCAGAAGCCUGCUAUAUCCUUACAGCAAUGUCUCCAUCAGAAGCUUGCUAUAUCCCUACAGCAAUGUCUCCAUCAGAAGACUGCUAUAUCCCUACAGCAAUGUCUCCAUCAGAAGACUGCUAUAUCCCUACAGCAAUGUCUCCAUCAGAAGAAUGCUAUAUCUCUACAGCAAUGUCUCCAUCAGAAGAAUGCUAUAUCUCUACAGCAAUGUCUCCAUCAGAAGACUGCUAUAUCCUUACAGCAAUGUCUCCAUCAGAAGACUGCUAUAUCCUUACAGCAAUGCCCCCAUCAGAAGACUGCUAUAUCCCUACAGCAAUGUCUCCAUCAGAAGACUGCUAUAUCCCUACAGCAAUGUCUCCAUCAGAAGACUGCUAUAUCCCUACAGCAAUGUCUCCAUCAGAAGCUUGCUAUAUCCCUACAGCAAUGCCUCUUUCUGAAGCCUGCUAUAUCCUUACAGCAAUGUCUCUAUCAGAAGCUUGCUAUAUCCCUACAGCAAUGCCUCUUUCUGAAGCCUGCUAUAUCCUUACAGCAAUGUCUCCAUCAGAAGCCUGCUAUAUCCCUACAGCAAUGUCUCCAUCAGAAAACUGCCAUAUCCCUACAGCAAUGUCACCAUCAGAAGCAAUGUCUCCAUCAGAAGCCUGCUAUAUCCCUACAGCAAUGUCUCCAUCAGAAGCCUGCUAUAUCCCUACAGUGAUAAACCUAUCAGAAGCCUGCUAUAUCCCUACAGCAAUGUCUCCAUCAGAAGCUUGUAUAUCCCUACAGCAAUGUCUAGAUCAGAAGCCUGCCUAUAUCCUUACAGCAAUGCCCCCAUCAGAAGCCUGCUAUAUCCCUACAGCAAUGUCUCCAUCAGAAGCCUGCUAUAUCCCUACAGCAAUGUCUCCAUCAGAAGCUUGUAUAUCCCUUCAGCAAUGUCUAGAUCAGAAGCCUGCCUAUAUCCCUACAGCAAUGUCUCCAUCAGAAGCCUGCUAUAUCUCUACAGCAAUGUCUUAG